CUGCGUUCACACCUCGUCUCACGCUCGUCUCCUCUGGCUUCACACCUGCCGCAACGCCAACACAUCAAGGACCAAGCAUGACGUGCUCUUCAGCGUGCACUCUGGCCCUGUUGGCCACCCUCUGUCUGCACCUGUUCGUCUCCCCCUCGCAGUCAGCGAGCUGCUGCCUGCGUUACUCCAUGAAGAAGUACCCCUGUCACAAGAUGAAGACCUACAGCAUCCAGAGCAUGAUGAGCAGCUGCGACAUCAACGCUGUUAUUUUCCACACAAUGAAAGGCCGCUACAUCUGUGCAGACCCUGCUCAGAAGUGGACUUUGGACAGCAUCCAGUGCCUCAACGCAAGGACCAAGAAGGCACAGUGAGAAUGGCACUUCAAGAUCUGGAAUCGAGAACGGAUGAAAAAUAUUCAGAGCUUUGAUAUUUUUAUUGAUAUUUCUCAAUUUGAGAGUUUGAAUCUUUCGCUUUCUUGAAAGCUGAUAGUUGCAAUGUCCCUUUUCCUUAUACCACACUUUACCCAUGGAAUCAGGAAAAUGUUCUCAUCCUGCUGUGUAUUCUGUUUUUGGUUGCUGUGCUUAUGUUUAAACUAUGAGAGUAAGUCCAAAUGUCAGCAGACAUGUUAACAUCACUGCGGGAACCCAUGUUUUACCCUCAUAUUUACAUUUGGUCUGUAUUUUUGAAGCGCAGAAAUAAUGCAGCAUUGGGGACAUGAAGCAAUAUAAUGUGUUAAGCAAAAUAUUUUUGCUGUUAUUUCCCAAGUGUAGCUCUAUCUAAGUGCUCAAAAGAUCUUUUGUGUCAU